UCUACUUCAACAAAGCUCAAACCUUUUUUCAAUUUUUCCCCUCAAGCUUCUACCCAAUCCAAACAAGGAAGAGAUCUCUCGAACUUGAACUCAAAGGAAAUUUGAUCUUACUGGUAAAGGAGAAAAAUCCCAUUUGCGUUGAAUGUGGGGACAUGGCUCAAGAGGGGAAGGGAAGGGUACUUUUAAGUAAACUCUAUUCAUUUGCGUGUUUCCGGUGCACCGCUGGAGAGGAACAUGCCCGGAUUGGGCAAAAAGGUUAUUCAAGAGUGGUGUAUUGCAAUGACCCUGAUAACCCAGAAGCAAUUCGGCUUAAAUAUAGGGGAAAUUAUGUGUCUACUACUAAGUAUACCCUUGCUAAUUUUAUUCCAAAGUCUUUGUUUGAGCAGUUUAGGAGGGUUGCAAAUAUAUACUUCCUUGUUGUAGCUUUUGUAUCAUUUAGCCCAUUGGCGCCUUAUUCAGCACCUAGUGUUCUUUUACCUCUAAUAAUAGUGAUUGGAGCAACCAUGGCCAAGGAAGGUGUGGAAGAUUGGAGGCGAAGGAAGCAGGACAUAGAGGCGAAUAAUCGGGAGGUUCAAGUGUAUGAUAGAAAUCAUUCAUUCAGAGAGAGUAAAUGGAAGAAUCUCAGAGUUGGUGACCUUGUUAAGGUGCAAAAGAAUGAAUAUUUUCCUGCUGAUAUGCUUUUGCUUUCUUCAAGCUAUGAGGAUGGUGUUUGUUACGUUGACACUAUGAACCUUGAUGGAGAGACUAAUUUAAAGUUGAAGCAUGCAUUGGAGGUGACAGCACCCUUGAAAGAUGAAGAGUCCUUUAAGAAAUUUAGAGCAGAGAUAAAGUGUGAGGACCCAAAUGAGCAUCUUUAUUCUUUUGUGGGAACAUUGUACCUUGAUGGCAACCAAUAUUCGCUCUGCCUACAACGGAUCCUUUUGAGAGAUUCUAAGCUGAAAAACACUGAUUAUAUCUACGGAGUGGUUAUUUUCACUGGACAUGAUACAAAAGUGAUGCAGAAUGCUACUGAUCCACCUUCUAAGAGGACUAAGAUUGAGAGGAGGAUGGAUAAGAUUAUAUAUGUUCUUUUCAGUACUCUGAUUACAAUAUCUUUCACUGGAUCUCUAUUUUUUGGAAUUCAAACUAAGAGAGAUAUUAGUGGCCAGAAGUACAGACGGUGGUAUCUUCGGCCAGAUGAUGCAACUGUAUUCUUUGAUCCCAGAAGAGCAGCACUUGCUGCUUUUUUUCAUUUCUUGACAGGCCUCAUGUUGUAUGGAUACUUGAUUCCAAUAUCCUUAUAUGUGUCAAUUGAGAUUGUCAAGGUUUUACAGAGCAUUUUCAUUAACCAAGACCAAGAGAUGUAUUAUGAGGAAACUGACAAGCCUGCACAUGCACGGACAUCUAAUUUGAAUGAGGAACUGGGUCAGGUUGCUGCCAUACUUUCAGACAAAACAGGCACUUUAACAUGCAACUCUAUGGAGUUUGUCAAAUGUUCGAUAGCAGGCACUGCUUAUGGACUCGGUAUGACAGAAGUGGAGAUAGCCCUGGCAAAAAGAAGAGGUAAAUUGCCGCUUGUCAUUGAUGGUUCUUCAUGUGAUGUCCCAACACCUUCUGAUGAUGCUAUUGGUGCUGGGAAGACCAUUAAAGGAUUCAACUUUAGAGAUGAACGGAUUAUGAAUGGGCGGUGGGUACAUGAACCUCAUUCAGAUGUCAUACAGAAAUUCUUUCGUGUAUUGGCACUUUGCCAUACGGUAAUUCCCAAUAAAGACUCAAAAUCGAAAGAAGUUUCUUAUGAAUCUGAAUCUCCAGAUGAAGCUGCCUUUGUCACUGCAGCAAAGGAGCUUGGUUUUGACUUCGUUAGAAGGACUCAAACCAGCAUAGAAAUACAUGAAUUUGAUUGUACAACUCAUAAAAGAGUUGCCAGAGUUUACGAGCUACUUCAUGUCUUGGAGUUCAAUAGUUCACGCAAAAGAAUGUCUGUGAUUGUAAGAAAUCCAGAGAAUCAGCUGUUGCUCCUUUCUAAGGGUGCAGACAGUGUGAUGUUUGAAAGGCUUUCAGAACAUGGGAGAGAGUUUGAGGCUCAUACCAAAGAGCAGAUUAGUUGUUAUUCUGAGGCAGGUCUACGAACUUUGGUAAUUGCAUAUCGUGAGCUUGGUGAAGAUGAGUAUGAGAAAUGGGAAAAAGAGUUUCUAGAGGCCAAAAAUUUUGUCGGUGCAGACCGAGAUGCAAUGAUGCAGGCAGCUGCUGAAAAUAUAGAAAGGAAUUUAGUUCUUCUUGGUGCAACAGCGGUGGAAGACAAAUUGCAGAAAGGGGUCCCAGAAUGUAUUAACAAGCUUGCAGGUGCUAGAAUUAAAAUAUGGAUCCUAACAGGCGACAAGAUGGAAACUGCUAUUAAUAUUGGGUAUGCUUGCAGCCUACUAAGAGAAAAGAUGAAAAAGAUAAUAAUAACUCUAGAUUUACCAGAAAUUGUGGCUUUGGAGAAGCAAGGGGACAAGCAAGCCAUUGCAAAGGCUUCUCUCGAAAGUGUAAGAGAGCAAAUAAAGGAGGGAAAACAUCAUAUUCGUAAAGAAAUAGCAGUUGAGUUUGGUUUGAUUAUUGAUGGCAAGUCCUUGACUUUUGCUUUGGACAAGUCAGUGAAGAAGUCAUUCUUGAAGCUUGCAAUGAAUUGUGCUUCUGUUAUAUGCUGCCGCUCUUCACCCAAGCAAAAAGCCCUUGUCACAAGACUGGUAAAAGUGGAAGCAGAUAAAACUACUCUAGCAAUCGGCGACGGUGCAAAUGAUGUUGGCAUGCUACAGGAGGCUGAUAUUGGGGUAGGCAUUAGUGGAGUUGAAGGGAUGCAGGCUGUGAUGGCGAGUGAUUUUGCAAUAGCUCAAUUUCGGUUUUUGGAGCGUUUAUUGUUGGUACACGGCCACUGGUGUUACAGGCGAAUAGCGAUGAUGAUAUGCUACUUUUUCUACAAGAAUAUUACAUUUGGGUUUACUCUAUUUUGGUUUGAGGCCUAUGCGUCUUUCUCCGGGCAGCCUGCUUAUAAUGACUGGUACAUGUCUUGCUACAAUGUUUUCUUCACAUCACUUCCAGUAAUUGCUCUUGGCAUUUUCGAUCAAGAUGUUUCUGCACGACUGUGCCUCGAGUGUCCUUUGUUAUACCAAGAAGGUGUGCACAACGUCCUCUUCAAAUGGGUCCGUAUACUUGGAUGGAUGUUCAAUGGAGUUCUUAGUUCCAUAAUCAUCUUCUUCUUCACUACUAGAUCCCUAGCCAGUCAAGCAUUCCGUAAAGAUGGUAAAGUUGCGGACUAUUCAGUCCUUGGUGUCACAAUGUAUUCAUGUGUGGUUUGGGCAGUGAAUUGCCAGAUGGCACUCUCGAUCAAUUACUUCACAUGGAUCCAACACCUCUUCAUCUGGGGAAGCAUCAUCUUCUGGUACAUAUUCUUGGUGGUCUAUGGUUUUCUUCCAUCCACCAUAUCAACUACAGCACACAAGGUUCUGGUGGAAGCUUGUGCUCCAAGCAUUCUUUAUUGGCUUGUCACUCUCGUCGUUGUUAUUUCUGCAACGCUGCCUUAUUUUUCCUGUAGGGCCUUUCAGACUAGGUUUUUGCCUAUGAUACAUGAUUACAUACAAAGGCUACAUCUGGAUGGCUCAGAACAUGAAGUAAACCGUGAGUUGCUGAAGCUUGUAGGAUCAAAACUAGACCGCCUUCUGACAAGAUCAAGGCAGCGAAAGUCAUGAAACCGGCACAUAUCAGACUCAAAAUCAGUAGGCAUUUCGGCUUCUGUUAGCAGAAAGUGCACAUGCUUCAACUCCUCUUGUAGAUUAGUAAUGUAAAUCUGAUUUAUCAAGUUAUGUUCAUUUGUAAUGUAAUAGUAUAAGACUGGGAACUUUACAAUCUCCAAAAAUAUGUAUAUUUUACACGCGGCUUGUCUAAAUUGUGAGUGAAAUCUUUGAGAUUCAAAAAUAUAUAAGAAUUGGGAGU